CUUCGUCCCGUCGCCCAAUUUCUCUAGGGUUUCUCGCUACGGAAUGAUCCUGCUGUCGUCGUUUCGCUUCGCUCGUCGUUCCUCCUCCUGUUCUUCUUGUUCUUCGUCUUCGUUACUAUUCGUUGUCCUCUCUAGGUGACAAUCUCGCUUUCGAUUGUGUUUUUGUCUUUUUCUGGCGUCUGUUUUGUUCUGUUUUUCGUUGGAGGCAAUGCGUUCGACUCGGUGUCUUCAGGAGGAUUGGCGAUGGUGAAUUACUGGGAUUUCUUGAAAUGGCUGGGAACGGACGCCUCCACCAGCGUGAUCACGCUCCUUGACGACCCAGCGGAUCUCGUGCGGCUCAGUGCAGUGUCCUGGUCCUUGCGCCGGUUCGUUAUUGUAAAUAAAUUUUGCAAAAUUUUAUGCUCAAGAUUUUGUCCGGACACAUUGAAUUUCCCUCUUGUCACUGAAGUAAGCAACACUAGCAAGAUUGCAGAAGUGGGGUCUAGCAGUGCUUUGGAAUGGGAAAGCCUGGAGAGAGAGCAUAGAGCAUAUGCGCUUUUAUGUCACUUGAUUGUUUCUCUUGAAGGUAAAAGGGACUGCAUUCAUCGAGCUGUCUGUGCUUCCAGUACUGAUAAUUAUCCAGAUGAAAGCAUUGAGAACACAUUGGAGAGCAGUGAUUUAGUUGAUCAGAGACCUUCUUACUGGUCAAGUGGGGGACAAUAUGAUCCUGGAGUGUCUGAGAGUCUCACUUAUAGGUUAACCGCCAAUCUCUGUGUUGUGAGGGAAAUAAAGAUUCAGCCAUUUAAAGCUUUUUUCCAGCCUGACCAUCCCAUAUACUCGGCAAAGUUUGUACGAUUUCGAAUGGACCAUUCUAGAUUAAGACAAGGGACAGAUAAUUGUGAAGAACAACAAUUAGCUUCUGAUGACUACGACAAGUGGACAUAUGUUUCUCCUGAAUUUCCAAUGGAACAGGAGAAUGUAUUACAAUCUUUCAAGCUUCCACACCCAGUUAUCUGUGUUGGUGGAAUGCUGCAGAUUGAACUGAUGGGUAGAGUCCAGAAGCAAGCAGUGGAUGAUUUGUAUUACAUAUGUGUAUGCCAUGUGCAAGUAAUGGGAAGCCCACUUUCUCCAUUUUUUGAAGUUGAAAUUGACGAUGCUUCGGGAAGUUUGGUAUUGAAGCACUUCCCACAGUCCAAGUGUGGCACAGUACCUGUUGGAACUGCAGAAGCUAAGAUCACAGAGAUGUUUCCUGGCAUUCGUUUGCAGCCAGACUGAUGAAUCCAGGAGCUGGCAGGUGGUGGAACCACGAUUCUUAAGUACACCGCUGAGACCUGUACAUUCUUCUUCCGAUGAGGAAGAUUAUGGUGAUGAUUCUGAUGGUGGUCACUUUCCCGAAAGAUUGUCCAUUCCUGGAUUCCUGGUUCUGGUAGCUGAUGGAUUGUUCAUGAAGUUAAUAUUUUGUUGGGUUCUUUGAAUUAUCAAACCAUGAUAUCAUACAUAUGAAGAAUGAAUCAUUCUGUCAUCCGUCUGGAUGCUUAAAUUC